UCCAAGUGCCAAGGGCAGCCCAGCCCAGGCCCACGGGCAGCCACAGGCACUCCAGAAGUCGCAACGAUGGGCGCCUGCCUCCGCAAGCCCCCGUCGGCACCGGUAGUCAUAGAACCGGAGGACGCCCCAGCAGUAGCAUUGGCCCCAGACGACCUGUCCAAGCCGCCGAACGCGCUGCACGUGCGCAUUAUACGAGCGAGAGACCUGCCGGCCGUCGACACGAACCUCCUCACCAAAAACAGCAGCGACCCCUAUGUUUUGUUGGAAUGUUGCGGCGAACGGGCCCGCACCACCACGAAGAAGAGGAACCUGAAUCCAGAUUAUGGAGAGGCCUUCCUCCUUUCUAGGGAUGAGGACGAACCGCUCUCACUCGUCGUGAUGGACGCCGACGUGCUCAGUGCCGACGACGUCAUGUGCUCGUGUACUGUACAGAUACAAGGUAGGGAACCGAGGAAAGCAUGGUACGACCUCACUCACAAUGGGGAACAGAAAGGUAGGAUUCAAGUGGUGACGCAUCUUGUAUAUGACGCCGUCGAGUUCAGCGAGCGCGCCAGGCUGCCGGAAACGGACGACGGUUCACGAAGAGCCAACGAGCUCUGCGUCGUUUUAAGAAGGGCCAAGAACUUAAGAAUAGCGGACCACUCACUCAUUGGACAGGGCUCGUCCGACCCCUUCGUCGUGGUAAGGUGCGACGGCGCGUCCGCGCAAAGUCGCGUGGUGAGCAAGAAUCUGCAUCCCGUGUUCGACGAACUCCUGUCUUUGAGGGUUGAAGAUGGGACGGCACCGAUCAGCAUUGAGGUACGGGACAAGGACAUGGUAGGAAGCGAUUUACUAGGUAGGGUCGAGCUCGGCGCGGUCGGUUCGCUAGACGCUUCUACCGACACCUGGUAUCAACUGGAUCAGCAAGGAGCGAUAAGACUAUCAUUAAGGUGGCGCUUUAAUGAUCAGAGAGAGCCGUGCUGGAUCGAGCGGGAAGAGCAGCGGGACCGCUCAGUGAAACUGAACGAACUGGCCGUGUUCCUGCGAGGUGCUACUGGUCCCAAGAUAGGCGACCCCCGGUCCAACAAGGGCGUCUUCGCCGUGCUAAAAUGCGACGGCGCGUCGGGCCGCACGUCCGGGAAAACCUGGGAUAACGAGGGGAGGUGGAACGAGGAGGUCCGUCUGCACGUCGAGGACGACCACGCCGAGUUAUUGGUGGAGGUGCGCGACAAGGGUGUGCUCGGGUCGUCGUUGCUCGGUUCCUUGGUGCUGGAGCACUCCGUGGAGGCCUGCGUGGAAACCAACCAGCGCGUCGGGUGCACGAUGACGUGGCCGCGCUGGUUCCGUCGAGCGGUGAGGAACCGGCAUCGCCACGCCAUCGAGCAGGCGUCGCGUCGAUGGCGUGCAGGUAGAUGCGACGAUUCAGCACGAACGCGCCGUAAAAUUUGAUUUCCACACAGGCGGAGGCCAUCACCUUCGGCGAGCGCGUUUUGCAGAACGAGGAUCUGAGGGUGCAGCUCUGCGUGAGCUGGCGCCAGAACCCGGCGCUCGUGUUCGGCAUCGAGGAGGAUACUCUUAUAGAAGCAUGGUCAGACGCACCAGAGCAAAACCCGCCCAACGUCCUGCACGUCCGCAUAAUCCGCGCCAAGGAGGUCAAGGCCAUGGACUGGGCGUUGCUGUCCACGCCGAAGUCGGACCCCGUCUGUCGUUUGACACUAAAUGAUCAAACGCAAUCGACGAAAGUCGUUCGCUCGUCGGUCAACCCGGUCUGGGAUCAAAGUUUUGUAUUCAACUGCCACAAGGCCUCUGAUAUGCUAGAAUUACUUGUGCAGGACGAAGAUCGGUUCCUGCUGGGCGCGGUCAAGUCGCAUGAUUUCAUUGGCAAGGUGCAAAUAAGAAUCGGGGAACUACGACGGGGGCCGCAUCGUAGAUGGUUCGAGCUGCAGGCGAAAGAUAAAGCGUCCAUGAUGAGCAAAUUCGCCGGCGAUUUGAAUAUUUGUGAGCGGGGCCUGGUCGAGGUGUUCCUAGAUUGGAAAUUCGACCCGUCGCGGCCCGCCGAUGGAUACUUCGAGGCUCCACGACCUGUUGUUGUGGAAGCACCUACUAAGAAGCCGUCUAAGAGAAUACUAAGUAAGCCGACGGAAGCCGACUUCAAACUGGGCAAGCAGAGCGUGUUUCAAGUGGCUUCGCUGCGAGGCGUGCCGAACCGACUAGAAGUAGUAGUAGUACGGGCGGAAAUCAUGGCGGACCCCGAAGAUCUGAAGGCCUAUGAAGGUGCAUCUAGAGACGCCUACUGUCGGUUGAGUGCGGGGGAAGAACGGUCGUUGCCUCCCACGGAACCGGGAGCGAAGCGGCAAAAAACUUUUGUGCUCACCGGCGACGUCUGGCAGUCCGAGACCAUUAAAAGAUCGUUGACACCUUCGUGGCAUGAAGAAGCCUCGUUGCAGCUCGACUCGUCGCCGAAGGCAGCGUUGAAAGUACAAGUCUACGACGACACGUGCGCGGCGAACGACGAGCAGGAUCAAUUGAUAGGGUCUCAUACCAUUUUGCUCAAGGACUUGUUGGGGGUGGCGAAGGACGGCCUCGACUACACUGAAACGUGGGUGGCCCUGAAGUCGCCGGCCGCCGGGGCGAAGAGGGGCUGGGGACACGUCGACGACCAGCUGGAGGUCGUCGCGGCGUUCAAGGCCGCUGCUCAGGAGGAGGGGUCGCCCGGCAAGGCGCCAUCGACGAAGAAGAAGACGCCCGUGCGCCGGAAGAAGAAGCGCCCGGCCCUCCACGUCCUCACGUCCGGUUUAGUGGUGACGAAGCGCCGGGCCAAGCAGCUGAACCACGCGCCGUUUUCCGCCUCGCACCCCGCUGAUUCUGUACAGGCCAAGAGCCCCGGCAAUCUGGCGCGGGACAUCGCUAAAGCCAAGGUCAAGGCCGUUUCUCCAAUGCUCAAGCGAUUGAAGGCCGCGCGCGUCGCGGCCUCUCCGAAAAGCUCCUUCGACCGUGGUUCAAAAGUCGCUUUCUCCGAAGAACCGGCAUCGGUAAAUGCGUCGGCUGGCGGCGCCGCAACCGGCGACGACGGCAGCGGCGCCCGGACUGGCGGCGACGGCGGCGGCGGCGCGGGAGGCGGGAAGCUCCAGAAGACUGGCAACAAGGUCGUCGCAGCGAAUCGCCUCGCGGCAAAGCCAGGGAUCGGCGACGGCCGCGUCCUUUUACGACUCAAGUGGUUUUUUGAUCCGCGCCUGAAUCCGCGCGAGAUGGGUUUAGAUGAAGAGGCCGAGUGGGCAAAGAGACUAGGUGUGAGCGGCGAGCCGCCGACGGGCAAGGAGGCCAUGUUACGGCGCAAAGCUUUAGCGUCGCAGGCGCCGCCGAAUGCACUACAUAUCACGGUCGUACGAGCGGCGCGCGUGCGAGCGCCCCCGAGCCUCGCCAAGGAGGGCGGCUUUACGUUACUAGCUGAGGUUAGGGUCGCCCACCGCCUCUUCCUGACCACGGAUACGGUGAGUGCCUCGGGAGGCUCUAGGCCGGACGAAGCUGCCGAGGUCGUGUGGAAGGCCAAGGGGCGCAAACAAAUACGAGAGCGGGAGAUCUCGCCGAAGGCCACGCUUGAAAUUGCCAUCCUGGCCGUGGACAAGAAGGGUGAAAAACAUGUGGUGGGCAAGAGCGUGGUCAGGAUCGCGCAGUACCGCGACGGCUAUCCGAGGCGGGCGUGGCUGAAGCUCGGGGAACGGGCCACGGGGCAGGUCGACUCGUGGCGCGGCGCCGUCGACGUGUUUGUGGUGUGGGCCCACGAAGAUAAUGAAGCCUGGGACGCGGAGCGCCAGCAGGUCAGGGCCAAGGAGGCCGCGAAGCAGUGGCGCGACGCGAACGUCGAGGACCGGUCGCACAUCACGUCGGCUCUUUCAUUACUGGAGGAAUCGAUCAAGACGCUCGAGCGGCCGGCGAAGCAGGCGAAGCUGCGGAUAUCGACGGAGUCCGUCGCCGAGGAGUUGUUUGAUGACGCGUCGCACGCGACGACGCACACGUAUCUGCCGGACGGGUUGCCUGUCCUGACGGAUGUUUAAUUUUGUUUGUUCCUUGUA